AUGAAGAGACAGAAUCAACAUCAACUACAGAUGAAGAGACGGACCCACAGAACAUAGAUCAGAGGAAGAGAAGAGACAGAAGACAUGUCCAAAGUGUGGACAGCUCUCACAUGUCAGAAAGUCAGUGUGACACAGAUGUUAGAAAAAAUCCCAAGAAGACUAAUCUGGGUAAGAAAUACAAACAAUCUCCAAAAGAAGAGAGACUUUCCUCUAUCAGGUCUGGUAAAAACUCAAGAAUGAUUCAAGAUAAGCGAUUUUCUUGUAAGGAAUGUAAUAAAAGUUUUAGUCGCAGAUCUAGUCUCAAAAGACACAUGAGAACUCACACAGGAGAAAGGCCCUUUUCGUGUAAAGAAUGUAAGAAAAGCUUUAGUCGUAUAUCUCAUCUCAAAACACACAUGAGAGCUCACACAGGAGAAAAGCCUUUUCUUUGUAAAGAAUGUAAUAAAAGUUUUAGUCAAAUAUCUCAUCUCAAAACACACAUGAGAGCUCACACAGGAGAAAAGCCUUUUUUUUGUAAAGAAUGUAAAAAAAGUUUUCGUGAUGUAUCUGAUCUCAAAAAACACACGAGAAUUCACACAGGAGAAAAGCCUUUUUCUUGUAAAGAAUGUAGAAAGAGUUUUAAUCAAAUAUCUCAUCUCAAAGCACACAUGAGAACUCACACAGGAGAAAAGCUUUUUUCAUGUAAAGAAUGUAAAAAAAGUUUUAAUCAUUUAUCUCAUCUCAAAAGACACACGAGAGCUCACACAGGAGAAAAGCCUUUUUCUUGUAAAGAAUGUAAAAAAAGUUUUCGUGAUGCAUCAGCUCUCAAAACACACACGAGAACUCACACAGGAGAAAAGCCUUUUUCUUGUAAAGAAUGUAAAAAAAGUUUUAGUCAUGUAUCUCAUCUCUACACACACAUGAGAACUCACACAGGAGAAAAGCCUUUUUCUUGUAAAGAAUGUAAAAAAAGUUUUAGUCAUGUAUCUCAUCUCUACACACACAUGAGAACUCACACAGGAGAAAAGCCUUUUUCUUGUAAAGAAUGUGAUAAAAGUUUUAGUCAAAUAUCUCAUCUCAAAAGACACAUGAGAACUUGUAAGACUUUUUCUUGACAAUGUAAGGAUUUAGUUUAAACUCUAAAUUCUAAACUUUUCCAAUAAGGGGUCAACCUCUCACCUCUGUACCACAGCAGAAGACUUUAUUUUACAGGGGGAAAAGUUCUGUAGCUCAGAAAAAUUAAAUAUUUAAAAAAAGUUUUUAAUGCUCAAAACUUCUUCAGUAUUCUAAUGAACUUCAUAGCAACCUGAGCUUUCAUUUCAUU